GAAUAGUUGCAGAAAAUGCAGCGUGUACGCGACGAUAUUGAACUUCCGUGCAACUUCGAUGAUUGGACAGCGCAAGAACAAAGUGACUGGAUGUAUCACAAUAUGACGAAUUUAUAUAAAAACGUGCCAGAAUCUUUACAAAAUCUGAUCCCGGCUUACACACGUUCACUUGAUUUCAACCGAUCACUAAAUGUGUUACCUGAAUGGAUGGAUCCAGAUAAAUAUCACAAAGGACAAAAGUUUGUGCGCGAGCAUUAUUUCUCGUAUAUCAUGGCUAUUAUAUUGGGUUCUAUUUACGCCUACACUUUCGAGGAUGGCCUCAAACCAAUUAUCAUAGGAGGAAACAGUCAUACACCAUAUUUAGCAGUGAAAAGGUAUUUCUCUGACAUAUUGUAUCUGAAUACGAUGAAACGGAUACUCGAUUGGUACGAUGGGGAACCUUGGAGUAAAGGUACGGAGGCUUACAGGGACAUGCAAAUUGCACGCAAUAAACAUAUAAGAAUAAGCACAAAGGUUUCCCUGUUGGAUAACAAGCAAUAUCAGGAGGACUUAAAUAAUAUGGUGAUGGCCGUUGCACAGGCCCAUUUCAUAAUGUUGCCUGUAUUAUAUCCGCAAAAAGUUGGCAUGCAUUUUGUAACCGAUGAAGAUUUAGAAGCCUUUUGCCAUAUGUGGAAAUGCUACGGAUAUUUUCUCGGAAUUGAAGAUGAGUAAGUAGUAGUUUUAUUAACAUCCAGAAGCAGAACGCCGAAUUUCUUAAGAUACAAAGAUUAAAAAUAAUAUAUUGCUUUUCCUUCUGCUCGUUAUAUAUCAAUAACAUAUUUUGUAGAAAUAUAUAUGAGAAAUCAUAUGAUCGUUAUAUAAGUACGAUACAAUAAAGUUCACCGCUCGUAUAAAAUA